AUGCGGCUGUACGUUUGUGUCACGAGCUACCACCCCCUGACGGUGUACAUGCACCGCGGAGGCUUCUGCCGGUUCUCAAUGUCUCGCUACUCAUCGGACAAGAGCAACCUCAAUGACCUCGGGUCUCACCUUACCAACGUGGCGGUCCAGAAGCACAGCGGGAAGGCAGCUUACAAGCGAACCGGUGCCAAAUGGGAUGUGAACAACCUCAAGUCGUACCUGAUGACAACUGCUGGCAUAAAUGUCGUCAACCAGCUCUUUCACGACAUCGAGGGGAUUGUCAUCCAUUCGCUGCUCUCAGUGCAGAAGGUCAUGAUCAAUGACAAGCACUGCUUUGAGAUGCGCCCUGGCAGCAGCUGUGAGUAA